GUCAUUUUUUAGGAUUGUGAGUUCAAAACUAAGAUUGUUUAAUGUUAAACAAUAACAUAAAUAAUGCUAAAAUCAAAAUCGCAAAAUAGUAUUUGUGAACAAGAAGCAAGAUUCAUUCAAGAAAGAAUAACAGGAGUAGAAAAACAUUUCGCCGAAUUAUGUACUUCAUUCGCAGCUUAUACAAGAAAAUCUGCAAGGCUUCGAGAUAAAAAUGACGAGGUUGCCAAAGUGAUCCAAACAUAUGCUGAAUCAGAAACUAUCAACAUAUCAUUAAGCCAUGGGUUAUCUAAUUUUGCAGCAACUUUAUCAGUCAUCGGUGAUUACAAGGAUGCUGAAGUUCAACGUAUUGAUUCAAAGAUAAUCUCAAUCUUAUCGCAGUAUUCAAUUAUUUGUCGACAUGCUCGUGAAGAUGUUAAAAACACUUUCUCAGCCCGUGAUAAAGAACUUGCUCGAAGAAAACAUAUUGAUAAGCUUCGGCUCAAGGAAUCAGGAAAAUCACCCACAUCGCAAGCUGACUUGAAAUCAAUGACAGCUACAGUUCAAGUAUUAAAAGUUGUCAAAGGCUUGGAAGAACAGAUAGAUUCUUUUGAGAAACGCAAACUGCACGAUCUCAAAACAUUAUUACUCGAUUUUGUCAUGAUUGAGUUAAGUUUUCACACGAAAGCUGUUGAACUUUUCACUAAAGCUUAUCAAGAUAUUGCCGAGAUAGAUGUAUUUAAAGACUUAGAGAAAUUUCGAGAGAUGUUAAAUGUCCCUGAAACUUUCUCACGAUUUGAUACUGUCACAAGAACAUCUUUCCGUCAAUCGUAUUCUCUCAAUAAUUUACCAAAUCAUUUGUCAUCAUCACCAGUGCAGUUGAAAAACUUGAGUCGUACAACAGAAUCAUUGGAUUCUUUGAAAACAGCUGUCACUAAUUCUUCAGAAUUAGUUCAAGUUGAUGAAUACGAUGAGAGCUCCAAUACCACAGGUGAAACUAUCCAUUGACGAU